AAACAUGGAGCAAUGCAUCCACACGCAUCCCAAGCAACUGUACGGUCUGGAUUUACCGGGCUCCAUUCCUCCAUUACUGGAACACUGGUCCAUCCUCUUUCCCCUUUCGUUCGACUUUCAAACUCUACAAAGACACCAACUUUUUCUCUCUGUACCAAAACCGCACUUUUCUUUUUAUAUUGCACAUAAAUUUCAAUUUUCACUGCACUCCUCCAGCUCUUAGCUCUGUUUUUUUUAUCUCACCGCCACAAAUCCCAAUAAAAUAUUCAUGUUUUCCUCACUCAUCUUUUGUUAGAAACUAAACUAAAGCCCACUUCAGUCCUUGAAAUGGAAAAGCUGAAAUCUUUCAAAUCUCUAUCUCCAGUUCAUCAUCUUCAACGUGCUAACUCACCUUCACACCCAAUUGAAGAACGCCAAAAUCUCUUAAAAGAAACCCCAAUACCCAGCACCUCUCCCGCCAUGGGCUCUCCAGCUAUGGAUACGUCUGAUUCAAAAGACGUCGUCGUUAAAACAAACAGCAGAGAAACCCCCAAAACCCCUAAAGAAACUGAACUUUCUACCUCUUCUUCAAAAACCCAGUUGAAUACCAAUGAUGAGAAUGCUGCAAACAAGAUAUAUAGAGAUUCAAGUUACGAUUUCUCAAGCGAUGCAUUUAUGAGAGCACAAAGGGAUGAUAAUAACAAUAACAAUAAAGAUUUCGACUUUAUAACGGAAUCACCAUUUUCACAGCGGUCGCCGUUAUCGAGGGUACUUGAAGAGAGUCCCAACCGCGGGGUGCUCACGCCGAGAGAUGUUCGAGUUUCUUUUAACGAGAACCGUAACGGUCACGGAUCGGUUCGCCGCCGGUCCAAUGUGAGUAAUUUUGGACCGGCUGGUGGACCGGACGAGGUUUUAGUUUGCAGUUCCAGCUCUUCUUUUAGGAGAAAGUCGAAUCUUUUAGUUACUAGGACUAAAUCUAGGUUACUGGACCCACCGGAGCAAGAUCAGAGGUCACAGAAAAUUACUAUGAAAUCUGGGGUUUUAGGGAAAGGUAGUGAAAAUGACGAUGAUGACCCUUUUUCGGAUGAGGAUUUUCCUGAAGAGUAUAAGAAAAUGAAUUUUAAUCUAUGGACUGUUCUUCAGAGUUUGAGUUUGAUUUUGAUUAUUGCUGCUUUUGUUUGUAGUCUUACUAUUAGUAAAUUUAAAGGGAGGAGUAUUUUCGGGCUUCCAUUGUGGAAAUGGGAGUUAAUGGUUUUGGUUUUGAUAUGUGGGAGAUUGGUUUCUGGUUGGGGGAUUAGGUUAGGGGUGUUCUUGAUUGAGAGGAAUUUUGUUUUAAGAAAAAGGGUGUUGUAUUUUGUGUAUGGAUUGAGGAAUUCAGUGCAGAAUUGUAUUUGGUUGAGUCUAGUUUUGAUCGCGUGGCAAUGUAUUUUUGAUAAGAAGGUUGAGAGCAUUACUAAUACGAAGGUUUUAAGGUAUGUGUCGAGAAUUUGGGUGUGUUUAUUGGUGGGAACAUUCAUUUGGUUGCUGAAGACACUGUUGGUGAAGGUUUUGGCUAUGUCGUUUCACGUUACUGCGUUCUUUGAUCGGAUUCAAGAAGCUUUGUUUACUCAGUAUGUGAUCGAGACGUUGUCUGGACCGCCAUUGGUUGAGAUUAGGAUGGAGCAAGAAGAGGAGGAGAGGGUUAUGGCUGAGGUGCAGAAGCUUCAGAGUGCUGGGGCUACAUUGCCUCCUGAUCUCAAGGCCACUAUAUUUCCAAAGAGACCGAUUGGAACGCCACGGAAGUCCACCGCUGCUGCUACGCCAAGGAGUCCUACGUUUUCGAGAUCUACGUCUAGAAAGGAAAAAGAAGAAGAGGGAGGCAUAACUAUAGAUCAUCUGCAUAGGCUGAAUCAGAAGAAUGUUUCAGCUUGGAAUAUGAAAAGGUUGAUUAAUAUUGUCCGUAAAGGAGUGCUGUCAACUUUGGAUGAGCAGCUUCAGCAGUCAAGUGAUGAUGAUGAAGCUGCAGUGGAAAUCACAAGCGAGAAACAGGCAAAAAUCGCUGCCAAGAAGGUUUUUAACAAUGUGGCGAAACCUGACUCUAAGUUCAUCUAUCUGGAGGAUAUAAUGCGUUUUAUGAGAGAAGAUGAAGCUUUGAAAACAAUGCAGCUCUUUGAAGGUGGUACUGAAGCCAAAGGAAUUAGUAAACGUGCAUUGAAGAAUUGGAUGGUGAAUGCAUUUAGAGAACGGAGGGCUCUUGCUUUGUCUUUGAAUGACACAAAGACUGCUGUGAACAAACUGCAUCACAUGUUGAACGUCUUAGUGGGGGUUAUCAUACUAGUCGUCUGGCUGCUUAUACUGAAAGUUGCCACUACACAGUUCUUGGUCUUUUUGAGUUCUCAGGUUCUUCUGGUCGUAUUCAUGUUUGGAAACACGGCCAAGACGACAUUUGAGGCAAUCAUCUUUUUAUUUGUGAUGCACCCAUUUGAUGUAGGUGAUCGUGUUGAAAUUGACGGAACUCAGAUGGUAGUAGAAGAGAUGAAUAUCUUGACCACAGUUUUCCUGAGAUACGAUAACCAGAAGAUCAUAUAUCCAAACAGUGUCCUAUCUACAAAGCCGAUAAGUAACUACUACCGUAGUCCAGACAUGGGCGAUGCAAUUGAAUUCUGCAUUCAUAUCUCAACUCCUAUGGAAAAAAUUUCUAUGAUGAAAGAGAAAAUUACAAGGUAUGUUGACAACAAAAGUGAUCAUUGGUAUCCAGCUCCAGCAAUUGUGUUGAGGGAUGUUGAAGACUUGAACAGGAUAAAGUGGUCAGUAUGGCUUUCACACACAAUGAAUUUCCAAGACAUGGGAGAGAGAUGGGCAAGGAGAGCUCUCUUAGUUGAGGAAAUGAUAAAGAUAUUCAAAGAGCUAGAUAUCGAAUAUCGUAUGCUGCCUCUUGAUGUCAACGUUCGUAAUAUGCCACAAUUGUCUUCGAGCAGAGUCCCAUCUAACUGGUCUCUUUGUUCUUAAUUUGAUUGAAAUGGUCACUCAUUUGAGACAUACACCAGAGGCCAUUAUAGAAAGGUAAGUUGUUUGUUGAUGGAACAGUCUAAAUCUUGAAAAUUGCAGAUGGACAUAAUGUCUUUGUUUUCAUCCUAUUGGCAAUAUUGAGGAGUUGUGUACAUAAUAAGUUGAUGCCUUUUUUGGUGAUUUUUUGUUGUUGUAAUUUGACAGUAUACAUUUCAUAGAAACCCAAUUAUGUAGUUAUUAAUAUCUUAAUUACUUUUCACUA